CUAGCAGCGGCGGCGGCGGUGGCGCAGCUCCCGCGUCGGCCGUGGGGCUCCUGCGGGGUCCCCGGGAAGGGGCGCAAAUUAACAGAUGUGCAUGAGGAGGUGCGUGGUCGGCCUCACGUUUUGUACCUGCUACCUGGCUUCUUACCUCACGAACAAGUAUGUCCUGUCUGUCUUGAAAUUUACCUACCCUACAUUAUUCCAAGGGUGGCAGACAUUAAUUGGUGGACUUUUGCUUCAUGUGUCAUGGAAACUGGGCUGGGCGGAGAUCAACAGCAGUUCAAGAUCUGAUGUUUUGACAUGGCUUCCUGCUUCAGUGCUGUUUGUGUGUAUCAUCUAUGCUGGUUCCAGAGCACUGUCCAGACUGGCCAUUCCUGUGUUUCUCACUUUGCAUAAUGUAGCUGAAGUUAUCAUCUGUGGGCACCAGAAGUGUUUUCAGAAAGAGAAAACAUCUCCUGCAAAGAUCUGUAGUGCCCUCUUCCUCCUGGCUGCCGCAGGGUGCCUGCCCUUCAACGACUCCCAGUUUGAUCCAGAUGGUUAUUUCUGGGCUGUAAUUCACUUAUUCUGCGUAGGGGCUUAUAAGAUACUACAGAAAUCCCAGAAACCCAACGCGUUAAGUGACAUUGACCAGCAGUACUUAAACUAUCUAUUCAGUGUGGUGCUCCUGGCAUUUGCAUCUCACCCCACAGGUGAUCUCCUCAGCGUCCUGGACUUUCCGUUCCUGUAUUUCUACAGAUUCCAUGGCAGCUGGUGUGCUAGUGGAUUUUUGGGAUUCUUUCUCAUGGUCAGCACAGUGAAGCUAAAAAGCCUUAUGACCCCAGGGCAGUGUGCAGCCUGGAUUUUCUUUGCUAAGGUGAUCACGGCUGGUUUAUCGAUAUUGCUGUUUGAUACGAUCCUGACCAGGGCCACCGUGGGAUGCCUCCUGGUCGGCGGCCUUGGCGAGGCCUUGCUGGUUUUCUCAGAGCGGAAGGGCUCCUAAACACAGGGAGAGUGGACUCCCAGGCUGCAUCUGGAGAACACCGCCCUGGGCUUUGGAGCUCCCUGUCCCGGCGAUAGAAAGAAGAAAGCAAGAACGAUGAGACACCGCUGCUCGCCGCGUCGAGGAGAACUUUUUCUGGGGUCUCUGGGCCGCUGCAGAGAGUGGACUGUGUCGAGAGGCUCCCCCAAGUCCUGCUGACUGUGCUGUGAGCCCAGCUGUGCAGAAACAGAUCCAGGAUUUCACCUGCAUGGGGAUGGCUCCGCCCACCUUGAUUGCCACGCAAGCCUCCUUACUAAACACCCUUCCCAGAUAAGCGUUCACUGCCUGCUAGUGGGCCCAAGGUAUUGUGUUGCCUUUUUGGUUUUGUUUUGUGAUUUUACACCCUUGGAGACUCCUCCGGGGACACCCUUUCCUUGCUGUCAGGCUGGCUUGCCUAGAACUCACACUCCCCCACCUAGGGGCGCAGAGAGAAUUCCUCGAGCUGGCUUCCACUGGGGGCAGGAGUGGAGGAGGUAAAUGGGGAUUCUGGGCCAAGGAAGACGCCAGCAAGGACACUACUUCUCCAGAGUGCGUGCUGAAGCCUUCUUAUGGUUGUGUGUUGUGUUGAAUUCCACACACCCUUUUUUGCCUACCAUUAGGGUAACUUGGUGCUAAUGAUUACCAGAGGGAAUAGGAUUAAUAAGCACUGGUGGAGGAAACAGCAAACAAACAUAAAUAUGUAAACGCACACACAGUUAUAUUCGUAAUCCAUUUAAUUCCCUGAUAGCUCAGAGGAGGUUUCAGAUCAUUGAACACUGAAAUAUAUUUUUCAGGCCAGAUUAAAAAUUGGACGAAAACUCUAAACCUUGCCUUUAUGGGAGUCAAAAGAAAUGAAUUUGCAUGAAAUGGUCAUUUGAUUCUGAACCCCAAUGAAGGUUUAAGAAAAUAAUGUCUAGCUCCAAAUAUUCCUGCUCAUAAUAGGUUUUCUGAAUGCAUUAUACUCUGCCAGGUGUCAGUUUUGGUCAUUUUGAGACGUAGAAGGUAAUGAAGUCCAGGGAGUCCUGUCCAGGAAGGAUCCAGGCCCUGCAGGGUGGGACACCCCGUUAGUGAUGAAGGACCACCUCUAGCAUCUGGGAAACAAGCCUUGUCCAUUCUUGGCCUUGUGAAGACUAAGGUCAGCUCAGUCAGGCCAUUCUUCCUGCAGUUUUUUCUCCAAGUUGUUGAAAAAAGAAACAGAAGAUGAAACAAAUAGGAAUGGAUUAGUAUAUUUGGACCUUGAGUACCUUAAAUUCAUUUCCUUGUCUUUUCCUGGUCUCUGCUUGUCAUUUAAGGUAAACAUGUUCAGAGUGACCUUUAUACAUAUAUAGUUUCACGUUGCUUUUUGUUCCUAAUCUGAGAUGUCAAACCUUCUACCGAGGAUCAAAUAGAAAAUCUGGGUUUACAAUUUUCUUUGUUCUUUCACUCCCACAAAACCGUCUCUGUACAACUGAGGCCAGUUCUCUCUUUACAGAAAGUGGCAUCUGUCCAAAUGUCAUCUUAUGUCUGUCUUUCCAAGUCUCAUUUGAGCAAAUGGAGAUUCCUAAGGCUAGAAAGAGCCAUGUACAGUUAACAAACCCCAUCCCCUGUUCCAGCAGGACUGACCUCAGAAACUUCUGCAGCAGACAGAAAAAGACAAAUACUGUACGACAUCACUUAUAUGUGGAAUCUAAAAAAUAAUACAAAUGAAUGUAUUUGCAAAACAGAAACAGACUCACAGAUAUAGAAAACAAACCAGUGGUUACCAAAAAGGAGAGGGAAGAGAAGAGGCAAAUUAGGGGUAUGGGAUUAAGAGAUACAAACUACUAUAUAUAAAAAAGAUGAGCAACAAGGAUAUACUGUACAGCGCAGGGAAUUAUAGCCAUUAUCUUGUAGUAACUUUUAAUGGAGUAUAGUCUAUAAAAAUAUUGAAUGACUAUGCCGUACACCUGAAAGUUAAUACAAUAUUGUAAAUCAACUAUACUUCAAUAAAAGAAAUAAAAGUACCUCAAAAAUCAAAAAACAAAAUUUCUGCUGCAGAAUUUUAAACCUUUUUUUUUUCUUUUUAAAGAAUCUCUAACAAGGAUUUUUUUUGGUUUUUGUUUGUGUGAUUUUUUUAACUUCAUUCCAGAGUCCCAUUGUUUUUAAAAUCUCAGGUCUUUUCUUACUUUGACACUAGCAAGAGGCAAAGCAUAAGAUGUUUCUUCAAUAUACCAUCCUGUUUCCUUCAGCUUCCAUAUCUUCUUGGGAUUUUUUUCUUCAAGCUUUUACCACCAUCUUUUAUGCCCAAGCUCACGUGCUCAGCUCUGAACUCAGGGUGAGCCUAGAGGGCUGUAAAUCAAGGGACUGGCCUAGAUUACUGCUCUCACUCUCUGUGGCUCUCUGGGCCCCUGGCCCCCCUGGUGGGGAAUCCUCAGGUUACCCCAGCACUCCCUUUUACCCGAAAUGAUCUAUUUGGUCAUGUCCUAUCUGGGUCAUGUCCUUGCUGGCCCCAUGUCAAAGCCAGGGUGUUUUGUCUUUUUAUUUGUCCAAAUAAAGAAUACGCUUUCUGUCAGGAGAAGCAAAGUUCUGUGUGAUUGUGUAUUAUUACUAAUCUGCUAUGGAUAUAAGGAAAAAUAAACCAUUUAUUUUCUUGGUGA